GACUUUCUGCAGUUUGCAGUUUAUGAGAUGGAUCAAAUGAGCUAUCUGCAGAUAUACAUUCAAUUUAUUGAGAAGAUGAAGCAAAACAUUCACUAUGGCUUCAAGUAUUAAUAAUCAGAACCAGUCAUGAAAAAGUUAAAAAAAGGGAAAUUUGAUGGCAGUGAUUUGGUUGCGGACAUUUUGGGAAUCCCUCUGGUUUUUACUCUUCAUUUCUCCUUUGUUAACAACUGGGAGCAACACUGUGGUCAACUACCUGCACCACCUUCCUUCGUACCUGGAGCUAUGAGUAAACUGACUGACAAGAUGGACUUCUCAGAACGAGUGUGGAAUUCUGGCUUCUACUUACUGAAUGAUCUGGUUUACGACCACAUCAUAUGGAAUGAUCUAGAUAACUAUUACUCUGAUUUCAAAAGUACACCCACAAGUGCUUGUAAGAUGAUGGGCAAAGCAGACAUCUGGCUGAUAAGAAACUACUGGGACUUAAAUUUCCCUUAUCCUAUACUCCCUAACUUCAAAUAUGCUGUCAGGAUCCACUACAGACCUGCUAAACCUAUGCCUCAUGACAUUGAAGACUUUGUCCAGAGUUCCAGAGAACAUGGUGUCUUCACCUUGGGAUCAUUGAUCACAAACAUCACCAGAGAAAAGGCCAACAUGAUAGCUUCAGCCCUUGCUCAGAUUCCACAAAAGGUUCUGUGGCGAUACAAAGGACAAAAACCACAAACUCUGCAUGCCAACAUAAGAUUAUUUUACUGGCUCCCUCAGAAUGACCUGCUCGGUCACCCACAGACUAGAGCCUUUAUCACCCAUUGAGGUGCAAAUGGAAUUUAUGAAGCCAUCUAUCACAGUGUUCCUAUGGUGGGCAUCCCCAUGUUUGCUGACCAGCCAGCAAACAUGGUCCACAUGAAGGCCAGGGGAGCUGCACGCAUCGUGGAUUUGAACUUCAACAAACAAAAAACUUCGACAAAUCGUGAUUACAAGGAGAACGCCAUGCGACUGUCCAGGACCCACCAUGACAGACCUAUGAGUCCUUGUGACAAGGCCAUAUUCUGGAUUCAGUACACCAUAAGAAACAAGGGGGCCAAACACUUGAGGGUCCAAGCCCAUGAACUCACCUGGUACCAGUACCACAGCCUGGAUGUCCUGGUCUUCCUCCUCUCCGUUGUCCUGCUUGUCAAUGUCCUUUUCAUCAAGACCUUCAGUUUCUGCUCCAGGAGGUGCUGUGGCAGCAAAAGAAAAAGGAAGACUGCGUAG